UUUCGACGCUCGUCAGCUUUUGCAACGCAAUUCCUAUUGCCAACCUGUUUCGAAACACGAAGAAAGAUGAUGUAUAUGACCCUAAAAAGGAGGUAUUGAUUGGUUUUGGCUAUUCGAGAUAUGUGUGUACUUUUCUGCUCACAUAGGACAUACAUAAUAUCAAGUCUUCGUCUUAACCGUCAAAUUCAAACACAGAUUGGAUUAUCAAAACUUAACAGCAGUCAUACUCUGCACCUCCCUGCUGAAAAUCUCUUCGCUACCCAAAGGGAACCACAAGAACCACAUGUUCUAAAUCCAGUCAUCUCUAUUUUGCAAAGAGGUGAUUUCGAAGACGAGCUUCCAGAUUUUAAUGAUAGAGGGCGGACUGGACUAUUCCCGUACAACAAGUGUUAUAUCACACUAACUCAACGAGAAAUGUUCAAGGACCUAAAGGCUAUCAUUAUCUACAGUAGCCUUCCUUCGAGACUUCCAUCGUACAGCGAAGGAAGCACCCGCAUUCCAUCGUACGAACAAUCUCGCCAACAUAAAGAUUCUACCAAGGUCGUUACUGUGACCAGCGGAGAGCAUCUUCACGCGAUCAUGCACUUUCCUUACGAUCCAACAUGGCUCCGCUGGGUUACCUUCUUCAAGAUUAGGUGUAUUCCUAUAGAGUCCAAGUUUCCUGAAGGUAUCGAAGAUGCUCAAUGGCAAGAUUGGAAUAUACCGAAUUGGGUUUCGGAAGAGAAGGACGAAGGAGGUCAAAGCUCGAAAGUCGUACCAGGGUCUAAAGUUGUAGAUCGAAGUAUUCAAACGGAAGCGUAAUGACGAGUGAAGAGUUGAGAUGCGCUUGACAUGAAGGAAAUGGGUGAUUCAGUAUUUGCAUGAAAUUCCGCCCGGAUAACGCGCUGUGAGUAUUCGAGGGCACAAGCCAGGCACGUCCACAUAACAAUGUGUGUCCUGCAUAGGAUAGGAUGGGUAGAAU